AUGGCUCGUAAAGAUUAUGCGGCGGAAAAAGAGAAGUGCAAAAGGUUCCUGCAGGAGUUUUACACGGAGGAUGACAACGGGAAGAAGGUGUUUAAAUAUGGAGCACAGCUGGUGGCGCUGGCCCACCGGGAGCAGGUGUCCCUCUCCGUGGAGCUGGACGACGUGGCCGAGGAAGACCCCGAGCUGGUGGAGAGCGUCUGCGAGAACGCCAAGCGCUACACGGGCCUGUUUGCCGACGCCGUCCACGAGCUGCUGCCGGAGUACAAAGAACGAGACGUGGUGGCCAAGGACUCUCUGGACGUGUAUAUCGAGCACAGGUUGAUGAUGGAGCAAAGGGGUCGUGACCCUGCUGACACCAGGGACCCUCGUAACCAGUACCCCCCUGAGCUCAUGAGGAGAUUUGAGCUGUACUUUAAAGCUCCCAGCACCUCUAAGCCCAAGGUGGUGCGCGACAUCCGGGCUGACAGCAUCGGCCACCUGGUCGCGGUGCGGGGCAUCGUGACCCGGGCCACCGAGGUCAAACCCAUGAUGGCCGUGGCGACGUACACGUGUGACCAGUGCGGCGCCGAGACUUACCAGCCAAUCCAGUCCCCCACCUUCAUGCCCCUCAUCAUGUGCCCCAGCCAGGAGUGCGUCACCAACAAGUCCGGAGGCCGGCUCUACCUGCAGACCAGAGGCUCCAAGUUUGUCAAGUUUCAGGAACUGCGCAUCCAGGAGCACAGUGACCAGGUGCCUGUGGGUAACAUUCCUCGGAGCAUGACGGUGUACACGCGCGGUGAGAACACGCGCCUCGCUCAGCCCGGAGACCACGUCGCCAUCACCGGCAUCUUCCUCCCCCUGCUGCGCACCGGCUUCCUCCAGGCGGCGCAGGGACUUCUGUCAGAAACCUACCUGGAGGCUCACAGCAUCACGCUCAUGAACAAAUCGGAGGACGACGAGCUGGGCAACGAGGAGCUGACCGAGGAGGAGCUCCGCAGCAUCACAGAGGAAGGGUUCUACGAGAAGCUCGCCGGCUCGAUCGCGCCGGAGAUCUACGGCCACGAGGACGUGAAGAAGGCUCUGCUGCUCCUGCUGGUGGGAGGAGUGGAACAAGCGCCGAAGGGCAUGAAGAUCAGAGGCAACAUAAAUAUCUGCUUGAUGGGAGACCCAGGAGUUGCCAAGUCCCAGCUGCUGUCCUACAUCGACCGUCUGGCUGCUAGAAGUCAGUACACCACCGGCCGGGGCUCGUCCGGCGUCGGCCUGACUGCCGCCGUGAUGAAGGACCCGCUGACGGGGGAAAUGACUCUGGAGGGGGGCGCCCUGGUGCUGGCCGACCUGGGCAUCUGCUGCAUCGACGAGUUUGACAAGAUGGCCGACGCCGACCGCACGGCCAUCCACGAGGUCAUGGAGCAGCAGACCAUCUCCAUCGCCAAGGCCGGCAUCAUGACCUCCCUGAACGCCCGCUGCUCCAUCCUGGCCGCCGCCAACCCCGCCUACGGCCGCUACAACCCCCGCAAGAGCAUCGAGCAGAACAUCCAGCUGCCGGCGGCCCUGCUGUCGCGGUUCGACCUGCUCUGGCUCAUCCAGGACAAGCCGGACGCCGACGCCGACCUGCGGCUGGCGCAGCACAUCACCUACGUCCACCAGCAUUCCCGCCAGCCGCCCACUCACUUCACGCCCAUCGACAUGAAGCUCAUGAGGCGUUACAUUUCUCUGUGUAAGAGGCGUCAGCCGGUGGUGCCGGAGUCGCUGGCGGACUACAUCACCGCUGCUUACGUGGAAAUGAGGAAGGAGGCUCGGGUCAGCAGCGACACCACCUUCACCUCGGCCCGCACCCUCCUGUCCAUCCUGCGCCUGUCCACCGCGCUGGCCCGCCUCCGGAUGAUGGACACGGUGGAGAAGGAAGACGUCAACGAGGCGAUGAGGCUGAUGGAGAUGUCCAAAGAUUCCCUGCAGCCUGACAAGUCCAGCACCUCCAGGGCCCAGCGUCCGGCGGACGUCAUCUUCUCCCUGGUGCGUGAGCUCGCCACAGAGGGCCGCGGCGGGUCGGGCGGCGUGGUCCGCAUGGCCGAGGCGGAGCAGCGCUGCGUCUCGCGCGGCUUCACGCCCGCUCAGUUCCAGGAGGCGCUGGAGGAGUACGAGGAGCUGAACGUGUGGCAGAUCAACCAGGCCCGCACCAGGAUCACCUUCGUCUGAACCAGCCUGGCCACGCCUACCCCAGACCCAGACCGGCCUCUUUGGGGGUUCUCCCUCCCGCGUUAGUCGGGCAGAACAUGGACUUCCUUCUAUGCCCGACUUGUUUUUGAAAGAACCUCGUUGCUUUUUCCCAGUUCAAGAACCCGGCUAUCUAUUAAACUGCUUGUAAAUAUGUAUGUCAGAACGUGGAAUAGUGUUGUCUCUGCAGUUUAUUGCUGAAAGCAUCAAGCUGAUGUAGAGAAUUUCUGUAUAUUUUAUACUUUAAGGCUUUGUAAUGCAAAUCAAGUGGAGUUAAUCUUGCGUUUGUAUUUGAUGAGAGUUCUAAUAAACGCUUCAGUGCUCUA